AUGGGAGCUUCUGCGCAGCUUUCUCAAAAUUCAGUAUCAGGAGAUAAGGAUAUUUGUGGCGCCUCCGGGUCGACACUUAGGAUUGCUGUUGUUGUUGUUAUUGUUGUUGUUGUUGUACAGCUAACUGUAUGCGGAGGAACAGUGAAAGCAGUAACGCACCCGUCGGGUGGCAGCAAGAGGCAGACGAACUUGACCGUGAUGGCAGCCUCGGAUGGUCACUGGUCACCGGAGGUACAUUGGAAUGACGGCGCUGAACCGGACUGGUCGAAGGGCGUCCCCAUUGCUCCACCCACAUUUUCUACCUUUUGA